AUGGACCACUGGGCGAGGAACUUCCUUGAAAUUAAGGAGGAUCAUACUGAUCCGUCAGACUAUGAGAAGUUCUUUACUUGCUUUAGAAACUACUUGAAGAAUGAGCCCUCCAGUCAUUGCGAAGUGUCUAAGGUGCUUGUAAAAGCUCUGGCCAUGUUCAAAAACACCCAGCUUCUUUCCAUAACUUAUCGUCUCCUUUACUGUCUUGACAUACCACCAAAGAUACCUGAAUCAUUGCUUAGAAGACACUUUAAAAGUUUAUAUCUGCGGGAGUACAUGUUCCCACUGAUCUCCAAGUUGGAUUUACAUUUAUUUGAUUUGGCCUUGCAGAAGUUGCUGUACAAGCCUCAUUACGAAUGCAAGAGCUUUUUUGAUUUGAUGAAAUCCAGAAGAAACUGGGUUGUGGAGUUCCUUGGGCUAAAAAAAAGAAGCCUUGCUAGAAAGCAGAUGGUUCUUAUGGUCCGUACAGCAAUGUUUCAUAAUCUAGAGUACUUCAUAACCUUCUUUGGAAGCAGGGACAGAAGCUUGUCGUUUCUUGCUUUUGAGGUGUUUAAAUUAUUCAUAGAAGAGCUUAUCCGUAAAAAGGAAAACAAAUCCUUUGAUGUGAAAGGCCAGCCAGUCCUUCUACAUAAAGAGGCCACAUUUAGCAUAUGGAUAAGGGAUGAAGAUGCUUGGAUUGCUCUAAAUCCACGUUUAAAGGUUGAAAGUUCUUUCAACUUCCUAAUUCAUUUCAUAGACUUCAUGUCUGAAAAGAAGAAGCUUCAGCAACUCAUUGCCACCAACAAUAGAAAUGGAAUGGAAGCCAUAGUUGGAAAAUACAUAAACUUAGAGGAAUCCUUAGCAAUUCCUGGGCAUAGAUGGAUUUCCAAAGAACCCCGGUGCCAGGAAAUUCCUAAAGAGGAGGAAACAGAGAAUAUCUGCUUUGAGUAUCUCUUCAGCGGAGUAACAUAUAAGGAGAUGGCAGACUGCAUUGAAAUAUAA